AAAGUUUUGUCCCCACGCACUUCAGAUUCUGCAGCGAGCAAUAUCCACUGCCAGAUCCUGCUGCUUUGAGGUUGACUCUCGUAUACUUAGAAAGACACCGUGAAGUGCGCUUGCACCAGCUGCGAAUUUGCUGUCCAAAGACAAGCGAACCAGUGACAUGGGUUCCUUGAUUCGCGGCUCGCUCUUCUUCAUCGCCGUGGCUUUGUUUACUGCCAUGUCGGCGGUUCGACUGCCUUUAUGCUUGCCCGAGCACUGUCCGGCCUGCGACGACUGCACUUCGAACGUCACGACCGCGAAGGACUGUGAGGUCAUCCCCGUCGCUGGUGCUGCGGGUUGCCUGUGUUGCAACAAAGGCAGUGCCGUGUCUACGGCGAGUGCUGCAGGCGUCGAACCACCGUCGGCCAAGAAACGGCCGGCUUGCGACCUGCUUUGUCGCGGAGAAAUCGACUUGGACACUUGUUCCUGCGAAUCGUCGUGGUGAUAGGCGGUUGCUUCACGCGUUUCGCACUUCCUCUUCGCUUACGCUGCUCCGCUGCCCCCGGCAGGAAAUAUCGACUGCACGCUGUCUCCGCGGAACCCGUGAUAAACCACCACCGCAGGAUCCGUUGUUGGCGUACCGCAACUUUCUGGAAAUAAACGCUGCGUGUGCCGAGGCCGUUCCUUGAAAACGGCAUCGAAACACUGCGUAGUCCACUUCUCCUCAGUGCCUCGUGCCCUCUGAAAUCGUGCCUGUUGCGUCACAGUGGAUUUCUUUGAGCUAGUGCAGAGAAAAACACCGUGGGCCGGAUUGCUCGUAUUGAAGAU